AUGGCUACAGAGACACCAUCAGGCAUCGUGCUUCUUGAGUCACCAGUAUCAAGCUAUGUUCAGAAGGUCAAGAUUGUCCUAAGAGAGAAGGGUAUUCCAUUCACAACGAAAGUGCCCGAAGACCUAUCCAACAACGUGAUUUCUGGGCCUUUGAGAGCCGCCAAUCCUCGAGUAGAGGUACCUGUACUUAUAGAUGGUGACCUGGAGAUCUUCGACUCAACCAUAAUACUCGAAUACCUGGAGGACAAAUGGCCCAGUCCGGCUUUACUGCCCAAAGAUCCAGCAUCAAGAGCCAGAGCAAGGAUGAUCGAGGAGAUCUGUGACACUGAGUACGAGGCAAUCAAUUGGGGUGUUGCAGAAGUGCGAUGGUUCAAACGCGCUGAGGGUGUGUUGGCGGAAGAACUGGAACGUAACGGCAAACACCAUGUAGAGGUUAUUCAGCAAUGGUUGACUGAAAAGCUAGGAGCAAGUCCUUGGUUCGGUGGCGACAGCUUUGAUUGGGCCGACGCUGCUGUUGCUCCCAUCGUCAAUCGAUCGACAACACUAGGGCUUGGGCCAGCUUUGAACACUCCGUUGGCUGCAUGGCACGUGAGACUUAAGCAGAGGCCAUCUGUGGCACAAACUUUCAAAGAGUACGAAGAAGGCUUACCAGGGAUGCAAGUCAUCGUGAAACACAUUCAGGCAGGAGAGAGGAGAAGAGAGUAUAGGUCUCAGCGUCUAGAGUGGAUGAUCAAAUCAGGUGGCCUGUCUGUAGUAGCUGAAGGCAUCACGAGGAACAACAUACGUUUCACGUGGCCUGACAAUCAAUAA